AUGCUGCGUUCCCCAACCCGCACCAAAGCACGGAGGAGCCCCCUACGACAGGACAUUGGAACCCCGCCCUCUCUUUAUUGGCGGUGCUCUGAACUGGGGGGUUGCCCAACCACACUUCCAGGUUGGGGGUCAAGAUUUCUUUUAAAGCCCGCAAUGCCAACCGGACUGCGCGGGACUGGGCUUGCAUUUUAUGACGCAGGGGUGUUUUCCAACGACCCCCCGCGGUAUUUCAACAGAGUCGGGCAAACAAGGCGCACCCCACCUGCGCGUGGACGCAUCAUUUAUCAAUGUGUUCGUUGCCCCAUUCCGAGGUAA